AGUCGCGGGCAUGGAGGCCGAGGGCUGCCGCUAUCAGUUUCGGAUCGCGCUGCUGGGGGACGCGGCGGUGGGCAAGACCUCGCUGCUGCGGUGCUACGUGGCGGGCGCGCCGGGUGCCCCGGAGCCCGAGGCCGAGCCCGAGCCCACGGUGGGCGUCGACUUCUACCGCCGCGCGCUGCAGCUGCGGGCCGGGCCGCGCGUGAAGCUGCAGCUCUGGGACACUGCGGGCCACGAGCGCUUCAGGUGCAUCACCAGGUCCUUUUACCGGAACGUGGUGGGUGUCCUGCUGGUCUUUGAUGUGACAAACAGGAAGUCCUUCGAACACAUCCGAGACUGGCACCAGGAUGUCAUGGCCACUCAGGGCCCCGACAAGGCUAUCUUCCUGCUGAUUGGCCACAAGAGCGACCUGCAGAGUGCCCGCUGCGUCUCCACCCAGGAGGCCCAGGAGCUGGCUGCCUCCCUGGGUGUGGCCUUCAUGGAGACCUCAGCCAGGAACUGCUGCAACGUGGAGCUGGCCUUUGACACCCUCGCGGACGCCAUCCAGCAGGCCCUGCAGCAAGGGGACAUCAAGCUACAGGAGGACUGGGGGGGUGUCCGGCUCAUCCACAAGGCCCAGAGUCCCAGGUCCCCCAGCAGGAAGCACCACCCAGGCCCUUGCCAGUGCUGACGCUGGGAGAGAAAAGGUUUAAGCAGUGCCAACCUCAGCCCGGUGGAAUGGGGAUGGCUGGACUCUGGAGGGUGAGACAGAAGGGUUUGCGCAAACAGCAUCCUGACAGUCGUGCCUCUCGCACUUUGGGGUCUCCGCUCAGUUCCUUCCUGCGGACAGGUUUAAAAAGGCCAGAAACUCGGCCAGCGCCGCGGCUCACUAGGCUAAUCCUCCGCCUAGCGGCGCCGGCACACCGGGUUCUAGUCCUGGUCAGGGCGCCGGAUUCUGUCCCGGUUGCCCCUCUUCCAGGCCAGCUCUCUGCUGUGGCCAAGGAGUGCAGUGCAGGAUGGCCCAAGUCCUUGGGCCCUGCACCCCAUGGGAGACCAGAAGCACCUGGCUCCUGGCUUCAGAUCAGCGCGGUGCGCCGGCCGCAGCGCGCUGGCCGCGGCGGCCAUUGGAGGGUGAACCAAUGGCAAAAAGGAAGACCUGUCUCUCUGUCUCUCUCUCACUGUCCACUCUGCCUGUAAAAAAAAAAUUUUUUUUUAAUUAAAAAAAAAAA